CCAGACUGGAUGACGGCUCAUUUGCUUGGUUACGUUUGCAGCCACAUCGUUAGCAGUGCACCAUUUCAUCGAAUUUUGGGCGCGCAGACCGUCGAUGGUUACCUCCAGUUGUCCCGGUACCCUCUCCGGAUACACUCUCGAGCGGUGACUUGACCCCUUGAAUUAUACCACCAUGGGAAAUGUUGGAAGCCGGCUGGAUGACUCGGGAAGUCUAUUCUUCAAGGACCAAAACAAAUUUGCGAUCGCAUCUGUGACUAUACUGAACUCCAGGAGGCGAGUCUUGUUGAAUCUCACCCCGAAUUCAUUCCCUGCAAGCAGAUACAUCGCCAAGCGUAAUAUCGGCGAUGACACUCCGAUUGAAUACAUCCAGGACCCUGAUUUUUCCCCUUCUUCCCCAGCGCCUACUUUCCUUUUACGGCUUUCCAACGAAGACGAGUUGAACUUCCAUUUCACUUUCAUAUUGAGACAGACACAAACCGGCAAUGUCGCGAAUUCUACUGUCAAUGGUGUCGCGACUACUCUCCCAGAGGUUGCGGACACCGUGCUUACAGGGCUAACUUUCGCGCAUGCGCCAAAUUCAAAGGAGCUAGAUAACCUAAUCACAAGGGAGUUUCAUGCCAACCCCAAUUUACAGAAUAAUUCAAAUGUGCAGUUUGUAGGAGAUUACUCCACGAACAGCAGUCCAUCUGUGCAAUUCGAAUGGUCGUGGAGAUGGAAGCCGCCCAAACCGGUAGAGGACAAAGGGGGCGGCUGGAGAAACAGCUGCAGUUUCUUGGAAUAUGACCAAAGGGCCAACCGGCUGAAUACACUUGCUCAUUUCUCUUUUUGGGUACAGAAUACUAUGCGCGCCUUGCCGAGCCCUCAAAUCUUAUCACCAAGGUUAGAACUCAGCGUUCCACCGCGGCACCGUAUACCCUCAUCGCACUCUGUACUUUCUCAUUCUAGCGAUGCAGAUGCAGCAUCUAAUCCUCAGAUUACACCCAGCACUCCGCCAGAUGCGGAUUCCGUUUUCGUCCCACCACCACUCUCGGCACCCCCUCCACCUCCUGUUAAGGUUGACCUUCCCCAUUCGCGACCUGGUGAGGAUAAGAGCAUUGUCGAAGACGGUCCUUUAUUCCGAGCUACAAUGAAGGCUCUGGAACAAAAAACAGGCAAUAUGCGAGCCAAGAUAAAGAAAGUCCUCAAAAAAGCUGAGGCGGCCCAGCAGGCUCAGACUACCUGCAAUGACGCCGUAGAGGCCUUCCUAUCCGCACUCAACGACGCCUCAACACCGGACGGCAAUGCGAUACAACCGGCACUGGAUCAUUACUUUGAAAAAAUUGCACGACAGAUCUUAGACUACGAGAAGUCUAAUACUCGACAGCUCCAGAAGCUUGUUAUCGACCCGUUGAUUAAACUUUACAAUAAUGACAUAAAACAAGCUGAAGCCAAAAAGAAGGAAUUCGAGGAUGAAAGUAGGGACUAUUAUGCCUAUGUUAGUCGUUAUCUCGGCCAACGUCAAGACUCUCUGAAGGAGAAGAAGCGGGCGGAGAGUGACUCUAAGUAUCAAGCCAAAAGGCGGAACUUUGAGCUUAAACGGUUCGACUAUUCGUCAUUCAUGCAGGAUCUCCACGGUGGACGUAAAGAGCAGGAGGUCCUAUCGCAUCUCACAAAAUACGCUGAUACGCAAGCAAAACGCUUUCUCCUAGCCGCCCAGAAGGUUGAUGAUAUGAUCCCUCAGCUAGACGCGCUUAUACAUGAGGUCAGUCAAGCGGAUAAGGAGUUUCAAUUCCAACGAACAGAGAGGGAGGAGAAGCGAAGAGCCUUAGAAAAGAGUAGUAACAUGUAUCUUGAGCCUGAUGCGCUGGUCAACUCGAACGUGCCAUCAACGCUAUCGGGAAGUGGCAGUGGGGCCCAGAGAUCAGAGAACGAACUUGGGCGUGCAGAUAGCACGGGAUCUCAGCUACGAAGCGUGAUUAGCAAUACGUCAACGUCGACUCAAGCCAAUGCAUCCGGUAUCAUUCCUUCAGCCGGUCCAACCAUAGCACCUGCCUCUACGAGCUUAAGUGGUCAGCAAAGAAAGGAGGGGCUCCUCUGGGCACUAUCCCGACCAGGUUCCCACAUCGACCCGAAGGGUAUCAAUAAACAAGCCUGGCACAAGUUCUGGAUUGUGCUGGACCAAGGGAAACUAUCGGAAUAUAGCAACUGGAAACAGAAGCUUGACCUACACAUGGAUCCUAUCGAUCUACUAAAGGCGUCUGUGCGAGAGGCUCGAAAUGCAGAACGAAGAUUCUGCUUCGAGGUCAUUACUCCUCAGUAUAAGCGCAUUUAUCAAGCAACGUCCGAGGAGGAUAUGGGCAACUGGAUCCGGGCUAUCAACAACGCCUUACAAAGUGCUGUUGAGGGUCGUGGCAUGUCCCCGCCACUCUCUCCCACUACCGAUAACUCGUCCAUCGGUCGUGACAUUGGCUCUGUAUUGACCGGGAAAAGUUCCUCGUAUUCAGGCCAACAUUCCCACUCCAAUGCAUCUAAUACGUCAAACAACAGCGUAACCCGUCGCACGACUGUAGGUGCACGGCCAAGCUACGUACGUGGCGAUGGUAAUAGUUUUGAGGAUAAUCCUUCAAGGCUGCUUCAGACAGUUCGUGAUGCUGAUCAGGGCAAUAACUGGUGUGCGGACUGCGGGUCGGCAUCCAAGGUCGAGUGGGUCUCUAUUAACUUAGGGAUUGUUCUAUGCAUCGAGUGUAGUGGAAUUCACAGGUCCCUUGGAACGCACAUUUCAAAGGUCCGAUCCCUCACUCUUGAUGUGAAUUCCUUCUCGAAUGAUAUCGUUGAAAUACUGUUGCAAAUUGGCAACCGCGUCAGCAACAUGGUCUGGGAGGCCACGCUGGAUCAAUCCCAAAAGCCAAUAGAGAAUUCAACCCGGGAACAGCGUCUAAAGUUCAUUACGGCGAAGUACAGUGAAAGAGCCUAUGUUCAGAGACUACCCUCCCAGUUGUCUCAUUUUCCAACGCCAGACGAAACACUUCUUGCUGCGAUCAAGAAAAACGACAUCCAGGGUGUCCUCUACGGCAUCGCACUUCGCGCUAAUGUGAAUGUCACUGAUCGCUCUCGUAAUACCCAUGCAGUUUUUCUUGCUCUUGCAGCAGCUGAUCCAGCAUCGCCGGGUUCCUCUUCAUCUAGGCCUAGUACGGGCAACUCCGUAAAGCCAAUCCCGUUCCCCAUUGCUGAGCUACUUGUCCAAAAUGGAGCGGAGAUUCCACUUCAGGCCCCGCCUAUUCCUCUUUCGCCUGCCGCUCAACUAUACAUGAGCCAACGAACCGCUAGAGCGCCUGCAUUUGGCACAUUAGCUGUAUCUGCAUCUGGUAAGCCUACCACUGAUAGCCUGGGCACUCUACCCAGUAUUCGAGGAACAGGUAGUGAUAAUUCCGUUUUAUCUUCUCACGGGCCAAGCUCUUUAGAUAGCAAGGAACGUGAAAAGCUACAUAAAAGAGGAAGUGCUGGUGCCAGAUUCGCUGGGAAGGUAGCCUCUUUAGGCAUCGAUCGAUAAAGCUUCAUUUUUAUUACACAUUUUCUCUUCAUCUGCUCUAUUUCACUUUCACAGUGAAUUGCCACUUAAUUAUAAUUAUACUUAAUGAAGCUCAAGUGGACAUGACAUGAUGUGAGGACUCGGGUUUUGAACGAUUUAUGUAUCUGUUUAGAGGCCAAUUCAAUCGGCUCCCACAUGUUUCGUUUUAUGUGCAUUCAUUUACAUGCUGUCUCUCUGGUUCCUCCAUUUUAUUGUUAAUAUUUCCUUUCAUCUUACAGUUGACUCCGUGUCUUUUUUCUUCCCUCGUCUUUUAUAUUGUGUUCCGUUUAUCAUGGAGUGACUUGUCCUUUGCAUUCCCUUUACGUCAAGGAGUUGACUUGCACAUAUUUUAUACCAUUCGACUCCGAGGAAGAGUGUCCCACUAAAAUAAUAGGAUUAGAGCUUGGUCAUAAUGUUAAUGAUGACUGCUGACAAGAUACUUUUAGUAGCAAAGAUUAUA